GCUCUGUCUCUCUGAAUUUUCACGUAAACCUCCACUUUCUAAAAGACUACCGAUUAUAUAAAUACCCACGUAAACUUUACGAUGCUCUAUAGCCUCCUCAGUCCUCAGGUCUAUCACACUAUUCACAAGUGGUCUCUAGCCUUUUCAACGCUCCAUUUUGAUCUCUCUCUUCCCUACUACUAUCAACAAACAGUGAAAUGAAGCCUACCCUUUCAACUUUGCUACUUGUUUCAAUGCUUCUGAGCUCCUCUUUCCUUCAGUUCGCCAUGGCUGAUCCCACCACCAUGGCUGCUGCUCCAAUUCCAAGUUUUUGCGACUCCAAAUGCGGCGCGAGGUGCGCAAAUGCGGGAGUGAAGGACCGGUGCUUGAGAUACUGUGGAAUCUGCUGUCAACAGUGCAAGUGUGUUCCUCCAGGGACAUACGGAAACAAGUCUGAAUGCCCCUGCUACAGAGACAUGUUGAACUCCAAGGGCCAGUCUAAAUGCCCUUGAUUGCUUUCAUCACUUAUGCAUUGGUUUUUGUACUACUUGGCAGCUUUGGUUGGCAUUAUGUAUGCACUUUUCUUGCUUUGCUUCUAUGCAAUUCACAUUUAUUAAAACUCA